UUACUGGUUAAAGAUAACCUCUUGUAAGACUUUUUUGUACGGACUAAAACUUUGCUGUGCUGAUAACCGCGUUGCCGACGUGGAUUGCGCCAAUUGCGCAGCUGAUUGCAAGGCCUUACUAAGGUUUCUUGCCGAAUGCCAAAUUGAUGAAUUCCUUGAUAAACACGUUUCCUUGCAUACAGUGUUCCCUUUGAUUAUGAGAUGAUGAAUUCAACCACAGACGAAGGGUCCCGCGAGGUCCUUGAAAAUGAAAUCGCAGAUCUGGAACUUCGACUCCGAAGAGCUAAGGAACGGCUAGCAAAAUCAGAGACCGCCACCAUAUCGCCGUCCCCAUCAGCGCAAUCCGCGCACCACUACCUACUCCUGCUCUCGGACUCCGCGCUGCCGCUAGGAUCAUUCGCCUUCAGCUCCGGGCUGGAAUCGUACCUCGCGCACACGCGGCGGGCCCGCGCCUCUUCCUCCUACUCCUCUUCAUCAUUAUCAUCAUCGUCAUCUUCUUCCUUCUCCUCCUUCCUCCCGCUAUCGCUAUCGAGCUACGCGAGCUCAACCCUCCCCUUCGCGCUCGCGGCCCACCGCGACCCGCAGCCGGAUAACGUGGCCGCGCUCGACGACGCGCUCGACGCGGCGAUCGUGUGCACGGUCGGGCGGCGGGCGUCCGUCGCCCAGGGCCGCGCGCUGCUGAGCAUCUGGGAGAAGAGCGUCGCGGCGACGGCGGAUCCGGGGGCAAGGUUGAGGCCGUUUGCUGAGAUGUUGCGCUCCUCUUCUUUCUCUUCCUCCUCUUUCAAUCAUAAUUCAGCGAAUGGGAGCGGGAGCGGGAAGGGGAGUAGGACGGACGGACCACCGCUCGUAUCGGCGCACCUGGCGCCGCUGUUCGGCGCCGUGGCCGCGCUGUGCGGACUCUCGCUGCGCCAGACGGCCUACGUGUUCAUGCUGAGCCACGUCAAGGCGCUGGUCUCGGCCGCGGUCAGGGCGGGGCAGUUCGGCCCCUACCAGGCGCAGCGCAUACUCGCCUCCGCAGAGGUCCAGGCGUAUCUCGAGGCCGCGAUCGAGAGGGAGUGGCGCACGCCGAUCGAGAGGGCGGGGCAGAGCGUGCCGGUGAUGGAUCUGUGGGUUGGGAGGCACGAGUUGUUGUAUUCGAGGAUUUUCAAUAGCUAAGAUGGAUAAGAUGGGUUCAAUUUGGGUUAGGAUAUAUGGAUAUAUGUAUGUAUGUGUAAAUGUUUGUGUAUAUGUGUGUAUACGAUAAUGAUGAAGUGCAGUGCAUGAAUGCAAGU